UAAAAAAGUGUAGAGAAACGGCGUUGGACGGCAUCGGUGUAUAAUGGCGUGUUAUUAUUGAUCGAAUUUUUGACAGUAUUCCGCCAUGAAGUUAUCAGUUGAUGGCACGAUUCUCUUAAAAUUAAUUUGCUUAACUUUUUUUGUUGGUGUUCAAAGUAACGACGGUGAAACGAGUAAAGAAUGGUUUAAAAUUGAAGGUAAAGUGCAAGCACCAGAUGCCUGGGCUAGAUUGAAUCCAGACUGGAAAUUGCACACAUAUGUCCUAAUAGAUGGCGGCGAAUAUCGAGCGUUUCUUAGGGAUGAUGCUUCAUUUUCAGUGAGUGUGCCAAGUGGUUCGUAUGUUGUGGAAGUUUCCAAUCCUACAGUUUUCUACGAGCCUGUAAGGGUGGACAUCAACUCCAAAGGGAAAUUCCGUGCCAGGAGAAUCAAUCACAUACAACCAAGCGCUGUUAGUCAAAUGACUUACCCUUUAAAAUUCAAGCCUGGAAUGCCUUAUCGUUACUUUCAGCAGAGAGAACAGUGGAGGAUAACUGAUCUUCUCUUCUCUCCAAUGGUUCUUAUGAUGUUCCUUCCAUUGAUUCUCAUCUUCAUAUUACCCAAGAUGAUGAAUGAUCCAGAGACGAGAAAGGAAAUGGAAAAUAUCCAAAUGCCUAAAUAUGAGAUGCCUGAGAUGAGUGAGAUGCUGACAUCAUUGUUUGGAGGUGGUGAUGCUAAGAAGACAACGAAAAGCAGCGGCAGCAAGGGCGUGGUCAAGCGCAAAUAAAAAAAAUUAAUCUAAAUUAAGAACUUGACAAAAAAAGUCAGUGUAAAAUUAUAAUAAAGACAAAAAAUAAUAAACAAAAAUUUGAACUGAAAGAAAUUAGUGUGAGAAAGGGCUAACAAGGCUGCCAUUGUAUUUUGUGUGUAUGUCGUUUGUUAAUUCAAUUAACAGCAUUUUUUGUUUUCGAAUUUCGAAUCAGUCAGCAGAAGAGGAACGGGACAGCUCUAUACACGAUAGUGAAGAGAGGCAGGAGAAAAAAAAAUAACAUCGUUGUUAUAUCUUCCAAUUAAAAAAGAUAAAGAGACAGAAAAAAAAUAUAACGAACCACAAGUUCGAAAAUAGUCGAGUUAAAUUGGGGGCUAAAUCACACAGCUACCUAGUUCCUUUUUUAAUGCAAAACUCGUUUUUGAUUGCCUCGUGUAGUGUCAGCUCUCAAAACUCUUUUAAGCUUCUUUUUUUGUUUAGAACAGCUGAAAAAUUAUUUUCCUUUUUUUUGUCUGUGUUUUGUUUGUUUAAACAUUAAAAAAGGAGGCGGUGGGCAAAGGAGGGUCAACAUCGAAGAAUAUGUAUGU